AUGGCUUUCCCUGAUCAAGAACGCACUGCCUUGUUGGAGAGCGCCACUACCCCCUCUCCACCCACUGCUAGCUUUUCGCAUUGGCAUAUCACCACCAGCCCUCGUUCAACAGCUGCAGUGGCCCAAAUCAAGCUCGGGGCCUUGCGCCGUUUCUGGCAUACAUCUUUUGCUUUGCUACGUGGCCCAGCCCACCCUCCAAUGUCUCGUCCUCCACAUCUCUUGCUUCCUCCUCGCCUCUGGCGUGAUUUCUGGUCUCUCUGUCUUCCCGCCAAGACAUUUACACCUUGGUGGCGGCUGCUACAUGGGCAUCUCUCGGUGCAGACUCGCCUACACAAUAUCAACCGUGUCAGGCAUCCUUCUCCUUUAUGUAAACUGUGUAUUGAGGCACCUGAAGAUGAAUACCAUAUGAUCAUAGGCUGCGGUAUGAAGUCCCUCUUCUGGUAUGAGGUUAUCUCACACCUUGGUCUCACAGAUCUGUUCCCUACGGACGAUGCCAUUUGGAUUGAGCUGACUACCCUACAUGAUCAAGAGCACAAUCUGUUAGGUAUUUCCAUCUUGGAACUUCUUGGAGCUGCUUUCUCGUCUCUUUGGCAACAUCAUUGGGGCUGUACCCUUGAGGAUAAAGCAUGGCGUACGCGCAUAGUUUUCUCCUCUUUUCUUGAAGAUCACUCUAAGUUGAUUUCUUCUUUCUUAGACAUGUAG